UUGGAUCAUAUACGGGAGCUUUAGGCUCAAACUACGGAAGCAAGUAAAACUAGAACCUAAGCCGAAGCAGCUGGGGUGAAUGUAUCGAGCCUGGGCAGGUGGGGAGUCUUUCUAGUCAAUGAUUCAUGAAUGUGGCCAAUUCCAGCCUCUGUCCACAACCUUGACGUCCUUACUUUCAUCCGCUGCUCCCGGCCCCAAAGCAAUCAGUGUAACACGAUGGCAGACUCUGUUAUACAACUCCGCCAAUGCCAAAUGUAUACGAACCACCAAACAACUCCACGCUUAUACCAUCACCUCUGGCCUCCUUUUAUCCCCCAAGUCCACACAUCUGCUCUCGCUUCUUGCAUCAGCGUAUGCGGUCGGUGGCCAAAUUGUAGUUGCCCGUUACCUGUUCGAUAAAUCGCCUGAUAGGACAUUCUUCUCGUAUAAGACCAUGAUAAGAAUGUGUGCUGAAGAUGGGUCUUCGCAUAAGGCUCUAAAACUCUUCGCUGAGAUGCUUGAAUCGGGUCGUUACAAACCUGAUAAUUAUACCUUUCCUUUUGUCAUUAGGGCCUGUGGUGAUUCUUUACUGCCUCAAUUGGGUACUGCUGUUCAUGGUUUAGCUCUUGUAAGUGGCUAUGGUUCGGAUACAUUUACUGCGAAUUGUCUGUUGGCAAUGUACAUGAAUGUUGGAGAUAGAGAGGGGGCGAAGCGGGUUUUUGAUACUAUGGGAGAGCCUACUAUUGUCUCGUGGAACACUAUGACCAGUGGUUAUUUUCGAAAUGACAGUGCCAAAGAAGCUUUGAUGUUGUUUCGGAAAAUGGUGGACAGUGGGGUGGAAGCUGAUGCUGCAACAGUUGUUUCUGUUUUGCCUGCUUGUGGGUUUUUGAAGGAUUUGGAAUUGGGGAGAGAGGUGCAUUUGCUGGUGGAAAAGAAGGGUUUAGGGAAGAAGGUGUCGGUGAGGAAUGCCCUGGUGGAUAUGUAUGUUAAGUGUGGUAAAAUGGACGAGGCACGAAGUGUGUUUGAUAAGAUUAUUGAGAAAGAUGUGGUGACUUGGACAACUAUGAUUCAUGGGUACUCCUUGAAUGGUGAUGUUAGAAGUGCUUUAGGAUUGUGUCAACUUAUGCAGUUCGAAGGUGUAAAACCUAAUGCAGUUACUCUGGCUUCUCUUCUUGCAUCUUGUGCCAAUUUGCCUAACUUGAAGUUAGGUAAAUGUUUGCACGGUUGGGCAUUAAGGCAGAGAAUUGAAUCUGAUGUAAACGUUGAAACUGCACUUAUUGACCUGUAUGCAAAAUGCAAAUGUAUGAGACUUAGCUUCAAGGUGUUCUUUAAGACUUCUAAAACAAGAACUGUACCUUGGAAUGCGAUUCUUUCAGGGUGCAUUUAUAAUAUGCUUGGGGAAGAAGCAAUAGAGCUUUUCAGAGAAAUGCUUCUGGAAGGAGUGAAACCCAAUGACGCAACCUUCAAGAGCCUCCUUCCAGCAUUUGCAGUUCAAGCAGAUAUGCAGCAAGCAAUGAGUUUACACAGUUACCUCAUAAGAUCAGGCUUUAUCUUGAGAACUGAAAUUGCAACUGGCUUGGUUGACAUUUAUUGCAAGUGUGGGAAUUUGAAAUCUGGUCACAGGGUCUUUAGUGGGGUCCCCUUGAAGAAAAGAGACAUUGUUCUCUGGAGUGCACUUAUAGCAGGUUACGGCACUCAUGGGCAUGGUGAAAUUGCUCUUUCUCUCUUUUAUGAUAUGGUGCAGUCUGGGAUUAGACCUAAUGAAGUCACUUUUACUUCUGUUUUGCAUGCAUGUAGCCAUGCAGGUAUGGUGGAUGAUGGUUUGAGUUUAUUUAAUUUCAUUUAUGGAAGUUUCCCUUUGUGUCUUCGUACCAAUCACUACACCUGCAUGGUUGAUCUUCUUGGUCGUGCGGGUCGACUUGAAGAAGCUCAUGAAUUGAUUAAAAGUAUGCCUUUCCAACCGAGUCCUACUGUGUGGGGUGCUUUGCUUGGUGCCUGUGCGAUACAUGAAAAUGUUGAACUGGGAGAGGAGGCUGCUAAAUGGCUGUUUGCAUUGGAACCAGAGAACACGGGAAACUAUGUACUGAUGGGGAAUAUUUAUGCUGCUCUUGGAAGGUGGAAAGAUGCAGAGAAUGUGAGACAUAGGAUGAAUGAAGUAGGGUUACUCAAAUCGCCAGCUCACAGUGUAAUUGAGGUAAGGAAACCUGUGUAGUGUCAUUUGCUGUUAGAUGCUUGGCUUAAAAAAGUUGCAAGGCUGCCACAUCUUCAAUGUUUGAUGUGCCAACUGUUGAUUUCAAAUUCUUGGCACAUUGAAUGAAUAUAACAUUAGAUGAUGAAGCAUUUGUUGUUCUAUGAGAGAUUACAUCGUUUUUCUUCGAGGCGUACGCAAAGGUAUUACUAUAUACUAGCUAGUCAUGCUGUUGUGCUUUGCUGAUGAAUGAAAUUAAUCCACCUUAAGCAGUCUAAUAAGGACCAUUUCCCUGGUGAGCUUGUGCGAAAUUAUUUCCAAGAUGUUUGGCAUUUUACAAGGCAAGCCAGAUACCCUGACAAACUGGUUCCUUAUUUGAUUUAAAUGAGAGAGAUUUUGGGACAGUUAUAGUCGUUAAGUUGGUCUUUUCAGGGCUGGCUUAUUUAGAAAGAUUGAAAGAGAUGUACGUUGUCUACUUGACACCAAAGUUUACCGCAAAAAUGGGUGCUAGACAAGCCAUUGACUAAUUUUUUCUCAGUCCGGAAAAAUUGUGUGUCAUUGGGAAAGACGCGAGGACUUAAUAGUUUGUGUAUUUUUAUCAGAACACCUGCAUGUGGGAGAAAGGAUUGGUUAAUUGUAGUUCUCCAAUUGAUGUGUAGAACAUGCAAGGAAAUUACUAAGGGGAAAAGUGGAGUUGCUUGAAGCCAGCAGCAAGAGAGAACAACCGUGUAUGCAGAGUCUUUGACACAUCGUUGGAAAACGUGGAAUCCAAAAUCUUUAUCUCAAAAGUACAUAAACCUAGAAGUGCCCUCUUUCUCAAGCAGAGAGAAUCAAAUUUGGAUGGUUAACAGCAGCGAUGAAAAGGAUGA